AUGGGCUCUCAAUAUUUGGAUUUUGAAAAUAUGACUGGUGACACACCACUUAAAGCUGCGUGUGAGAGUGGACAUCUAGAUGUGGUAAAGGAGCUGAUAGGGGCAGGGGCUAAUGUUAAUCCACAAGAUGAAUAUGAUACGCCAUUGACACUUGCAUAUAAGGGUGGAUAUAUGAUGAUCGUAAAGGAGCUGCUCGGGGCAGGGGCUGAUAUUAAUCCACUAAAUGAGUUUAAUACACCGCUAGUAAAUGCAUGUGAAGAUGGACAUCUGAAUUUAGUAAAGGCUCUGUUAGAGGCAGGGGCUUGUGCCAAUUCUCCAGGUACCGGUACCUAUGAUACACCACUGAUAGCAGCGUGUAGAGUUGGACAUCUGAAUAUAGUGAAGGAGCUGCUAAAGGCAGGGGCCGAGGUUAAUCUACACGGUGAAUUCGGUACACCAUUGACAACUGCAUGUGAGGUUGGAUUUAUUGAUUUAGUGAGAUUGCUGCUAGAAGUAGGGGCUGAUGUUAAUCCACAAGGUGAAUUUGAUUCACCGCUGACAGAGGCGUGUAAGGGUGGAUAUUUCAUUGGCCCGAUGUUAGCACUAGUGUUUUUAAAAGAUGGGAUAUUUACAGUCUGA